AUGGAAACGUUAAGAGCAACCAAAGAUGCAGAAGAAGACACUGAAACAGAAGAUAACAGAUUUGAAAAUGCUCAUGGUACUGUUAUGAUUCUUGCAUGGAUGGUCUUCGCUUCGACAGCUAUUCUAUUUGCACGCUAUGGUCGUACGAUCCGUUUUGGUUCAAAAGAUAAACUAUUAGGUGAAAGUAAUUGGUUUCAAAUCCAUCGUUUAUUGGCUUGUUUGACCACAGUAGUAACUCUGCUUGGCUUCUUCCUCAUAUUAGUUCAAGCACAAGGUGGAUGGGUAGGAAAUAAUGAAGGUCUUGUAUUUGCCCAUUCUGUUCCUGGUGGUAUUAUUGUAUGCUGUGCACUUGUACAAGCAUGGAUGGCACUCUUUCGUUGUCAUCCAAACGGUACAUUUCGUUAUAUUUUUAAUUGGCUUCAUCGAUUGACAGGUGUAUUGGCUUUUUUUCUAUCCAUACCAACUAUUUUUCUUAUUGCUGCACAAAUGGAUGAGAGUCGAACUGGAAUGAUUAUUAUUCUUUCAAUUUGGUCGGGUUGGGUUGUUUUGAUCGUUAUUGUUUUAGAAAUCAUUCAAUUUGUUCGUCGAAAAUCAUCUUCAACGACAAUUAAUACAAGAAGUUCAACUGAACAAUCAGGUUUCGAUAUCAAGAAAAUUAAUGAUAGUAUUAUAGCACGUUGGAAUAAUGGAAUAUUAAUUUUAUUUUUGCUGCAUAUUAUUGUAUCCGUCGCAUUGGCUAUUCCAUUUAUUGUUCUUAUCUGGAAUUAA